CAAAUAAUUCUUUUUUUUGUCAUUGAUUGAAUUUUGACUGUGUCCUUAAUAUUUUAUUUUAUAAGAAGGUUUUCGCAUUGUGUUUGGGUUGUAAGAUGGCAGAUGCUUGGGAUGAAAUUAAAGCUGUAAAAAGUAAGCGAAAUACACUCCGGGAAAAGUUGGAAAAACGGAAGAAAGAACGUGCCGGCCUGCUAUCUUCCUCGCCAAAUAGUGUCGUUGACACGGCUAAGGAUUCACCUAAUCCAAGUAGCGCAGAAUUGGAGAAUGACGCUGACACUGAAAAAGCGCUUUUGCAAACACUAUCUUCCAGCACACUUGUGCUUCCCAUUAUUUCUACACAACUUAUCGAAAAAGUAGCUAUAUUUUUGGAUAAACCACCUACGCAACAAGUUAUCAACUACACGUUAAGUAAGUUAGCCGAACAAGGCGCUGUUAAUAUUAAGAGCGUCACAAUAGGCAAGGAUAUGGGCUGCGAAGUUAUUUCAGUAGAAACGAAUAUAGUUUUAGAUUUAUAUAAAGAACUGGUGAACGAUGGCUAUGUGGGUAUAAAAGAAGAACUUAAACGGAAAUUUGACUCAAAUGAUGCAGAAAAUGAAGAUUGUAAUCUUACAAAAGUAUUAAAGACUGAGUCCAAUGCUGCUCCAAAUACUCGAAAAGACACCAACACUGCAGGCCCAGAUGCAUCAGAUGAUAUCAUGUCUCUACUCUCUAUGCCAUCGACAAGGGAGAAGCAAAGCAAGCAAGUUGGAGAAGAAAUACUCGAAUUGCUAACCAAACCCACUGCCAAAGAGCGCUCUGUGGCUGAAAAGUUUAAAUCGCACGGUGGCGCCCAAGUGAUGGAAUUUUGUCCACAUGGCACGAAAGUAGAGUGCCUUAAAGCACAACAAGCCACAGCAGAAAUGGCUGCAAAAAAGAAACAUGACCGGAAAGAAGAAAGUUCUGCAGCCAGUAAAGAUAGCAGCGACGCAGAUGAAUCCAACCCACAAAUUAACGCCGAAGAAAUACCGAACUCGGCAGAUGCGAGUUUAACAUCAGAUAGUAAUGGCAAUACAAGCGCAAAAGAUGCGGAAAGUGACAAUAAGGGCAAUGACUCAGGAGCUGAAGAUGGUGAGAUCGUAUCGGAUUUAAAAGAUGGUGAUGCUGACUCUCAUGAAUCGAUAGAGGAAAUAAUAGAAACACCGGAUACUUGCACAAAAUUACAUUUUAAGAAAAUUAUACAAUCACACACUGACGAGUCACUUGGUGAUUGCAGUUUUCUAAAUACAUGCUUCCAUAUGGCUACAUGCAAAUAUGUGCAUUAUGAAGUUGACACUAUACCGAAUAUCAAUACUAAUAAGCCAGUCGAUGUCAAAACAAAACUUUGCAUCAAACGAAGCAUUGAUCCCAGCGUGACCUUAUAUCCACCGCAAUGGAUACAGUGUGAUCUGCGCUAUCUGGACAUGACAGUAUUGGGUAAAUUUGCUGUGGUAAUGGCCGAUCCACCAUGGGAUAUACACAUGGAACUGCCUUAUGGUACAAUGUCAGACGAUGAGAUGCGUCAGCUAGGCGUACCGGCAUUGCAGGAUGAUGGACUCAUUUUCUUAUGGGUAACUGGCCGUGCUAUGGAGUUAGGUAGAGAGUGUUUAAAGCUUUGGGGUUAUGAACGCGUUGACGAACUCAUUUGGGUAAAAACAAAUCAAUUGCAACGUAUCAUACGUACGGGUCGCACAGGGCAUUGGUUAAAUCACGGCAAAGAACAUUGUCUUGUGGGCAUGAAAGGCAAUCCGAAGAAUCUCAAUCGUGGGCUAGAUUGUGACGUUAUUGUAGCAGAAGUGCGUGCCACCUCUCACAAACCCGAUGAAAUAUACGGCAUUAUUGAACGUCUUAGUCCAGGCACACGCAAAAUUGAGCUCUUCGGCCGCCCGCAUAAUGUCCAACCAAAUUGGAUUACAUUAGGCAAUCAAUUGGAUGGCAUACGUUUAGUUGAUCCAGAAUUAAUCACACAAUUUCAGAAAAGAUAUCCUGAUGGAAAUUGUAUGUCACCAGCGGCUGCUGUGGUUGCAACGGGUCAAACCGCAACUGCAUCAAGUACAGUUAAGAAAUAAAUUUAUACAUAUUGUCGAAGUACUUUUCUCGAUGUUAGCAGCAACUCUAAACAUACGGAACACUCUAAAAAAUCAUGCAAAUAGUUAGAUAUACAUACAUAAAUAUACGUAGUAUUAACAGUAAAACAUCAAACUAUAUUUGUCAAUUGAAAUGUUUAGUUUAAGUUGCAUACCUCAUUCGUGUUAUAUAACUCUCUUUUUGUAUGUGCUUCGAUUAAUUUUAAAAUAUUUACUCGUAACUCUAAGUUUUGUAAUUAUUUU